CAAAAAACUAAAGAUCGAAAUACAAAAAAACAACAAACUACAUUAUCUGAAAUGAUUAAAUCUAACACCUCACACAAAGGUAAUAGAAGAAAAGAAAUUAUUAAAGGAGUUAUCAAAUGGAUUCUUCUUGACAAUCAACCUUUAUCAGCACCAAGAAAAAAAGGAUUUCGUUGCAUGAUGGAAAUAAUUGAUCCCAAAUUUUGCCCUCCUUCUAAUAAAUUAAUAAAAAAUAAAAUAAUGUUAUAUUAUUUGAGAAAUGUAAAUCUUCUUCGACAAGAAAUUGCAUCUUCAUGCGAAACUGCUGCAAUAACAGCAGAUUUAUGGACUUCAUGCAAUAAUCAGGAUUCUAUUGGAGUUACUUGUCACUGGGUAACUCCUAAUUGGUCACUCUAUAGUGUGUUAUUGUGUUGCGAAAAAUUACCAUACCCCCAUACUGCUGAGUCUAUUCAUCAAUUUCUUCUAAAUAAAUGCACUGAAUUUAAUCUUGAAG